AUGAAUCAAGCACUGAUCAACGUCUGUCUGCUGCUGGCAGUCAGUCUGGCUCAGGGAGAUGACGUUCAAACCCUAUCGUCUGCCACCAGGGGCUUCUCCCAGCAGCUCUACCAGAAGAUCGCACUGGACAAGCCCAACACUGUCUUCUCUGGGUACAGCAUCCACUCGGCCUUGUCCAUGACCUUGCUGGGAGCUCGCGGAGAUACGGCUGCAGAAUUGUCCACAGUUUUGGGACUGACGGCCUUGACUGGCAACUCCAGCCACCUGGCCUACCGUGACCUCAUUGACCGGCUGAACAGCGCCGAAAAAGUCAAACUGCACACAGCCAACGCCCUGUUUGUGAAUCCCAACAUCCCCAUAGAAGCCCAGUUUGUGGCCGAUACCCGCACUUACUAUCAGGCCAAGGUUGAGAACUUUGACCUGGCGGCAGCAGGCGGCCCGGAGAAACAAAUCAACGUUUACGUGGAGAACAAGACGGAGGGAGUCAUCAAGGAUCUUCUUUCUAAAGGAAGCGUGAGCGCCUCCACCUCCACGGUGCUUGUCAACACCGUCUUCUUCAACGGCACCUGGCUGCGCGUGUUCUCCGCCGGCAAGACCCAGCCACGUGACUUCCGGCAGCUGGGCGGGAAAAAAUCUCAGGUGAGCAUGAUGAACGACGACCGGUCUGUGAACAUCAAGAGAAACGUGCUGGGAGCUGACGUGGCCGAGCUGCCCUUUGUCGGCAACCGGUUCGCUCUCUACAUCGCCCUGCCCACCAGCGUUGAUGGCAUCACCGAGUUGGAAACUGCCCUGGCUGUCCAAGGAAAUGUGGAGCAGCUCUUCCAGGGACUCACCUCUCGACGGGUCAAGCUCAGCAUCCCCAAGUUCAGGGUCGAGUCUCAGUUUGGACUCAACGAACCCCUGAAACAGCUGGGACUCGUGCAACCUUUCAGCCCCAGCAGUGCCAAUUUCCAGGGAAUCAGCCGCGUCGAUAGGUUGGUGAUCACCGAUGUCCUGCACAAGGCGGUCAUUGAGACCACCGAGACCGGGACCACAGCUGCAGCUGCGACGGCGGUCAUCGUGGGACUGACCUCGGUCAUGGAGCCACCAGCCGAGCUCUUCGAUGCUGACCACCCGUUUCUCUUCUUUCUGGUUGACAAGGAAACAAACAGCACUUUGUUCGAGGGAAAGUUCUCUGGUUAA